GUCAUUGAGCCGCCACUACAAGCGUACAAUGACUCUGUCAUCAGCUCGAAAGAUAUAGAAUUGAACUUAUAUCCUACUAUCUACCUUUAAAUACAAGGUAGCUUUCCAUAACUCAAAUUUGGCAACUCCAAGGACAGAGAAGAUAAUCGCCAUGUCGGCAAGCGGGCGGUGGCCUCGUGCCCAAGCUCGCACUUUCGGUGUCGAGUUAGAGUUUAUAAUUGUAUGGAUAUGGGACGAUGAACCGGACCCUCAUCAAGACAUAGCAAGCGAUUUGCCUCCUAUUCUUAAGCUCCCAAAAAAUCUUCGCGAGUCUGGCGUUUCCAAAUUAACAAUAGAUAGGAUGGUUUAUGAUCGGAUUUACGAUGUUCUAAUUAAUCAUGGUCUACCGGCUCAACGAUCGCCAACCCACAAUUCUAGGCACGAAUAUUAUGUUUGGAAGGUUAAGCUAGAUACAAGCAUUAAUCUAGAGGGGGAUAUUAAGUGGUCUGGUAUCGAAAUGACAUCUCCCGCAGAGGCUGCUUUGCCUGUGGCAUUCAGCGCAAUCCGUUAUGCCGUGGAUCUAAUUAGGUCUACGUAUCGUACGGUUGUUAAUGGUUCCUGUGGGUUUCAUGUUCACGUCGGUGAUGGGAAAGAACAUAUGCCUUUGGAGCACGUAAAGCGAGUUGCUUCGCUAUUCUGGGCUGUUGACCCCAUUAUUGCUCUGCUGCAUCCACCGCAAAGGAGGGUAAACUUCUACUCACAAAGCAUUCGCGAUCGAAGUCCUCUUGCUCGAGGAAAUAAGAUACCGGACAUAAUGCACGAGUCUAUCCACCAGGAAGAAAGGAAUUGUGAACUAUAUAUCGGACGCGGCAUGAGGCACGGAGAGCACCCUAUAUCCUGGAGAAUAAAGUAUCAGCUUGAGGAGCACGUGGAGGCCUUUGAAGAAACUCGGAAGCCGGAUUGUUUCCAGCCAUUUUUCUGUAAGGAUACCAUGGGCCUCCCGGUAGGUAUAUUAACAUCUAUCGAGACAGAGCCAGCCCCAAAACUUCACAGAUCGGAAACUCAGACUCGUAUUGAGAAGGUAAUGAAAACAACCAAUGAUCCCAAAGUUAAACACCCCAAUACCCCGUAUUCACCAAUACACAAGCGUUUCACUCAACGGUUUGUAAGCGGCAAACCCCUACCCGAUGUUAAACACAGGCUCAUAGACCUCGAUGAAAAGGCUAAAACUGACAUUGGCGUCUUCGCCGGCGUUAGUGAAAUAUUUGCCUGCAACAGCUCGUGCAUGAUACUGUUUCUGCUGGAAACCGAGGAAAGAUCCAAUUAUAACCUUUUCAGGUAUAAAUGUUACAACCUCAUAGAUCCUGGCAAGGUCGCGCCGACGAUCGAGUUUCGAGAAGCCACGGGCACUAUGUCUGGUCAAUGGGCAGAAGUAUGGGCUAGAAUCUGCGUAGGUCUCACGAAUUUUGCCAUUCACGCACCGGUAGAGGACUACCUUUCCGUACUCCAUAACCUAGAACGCGCUGCGUCCCGUGAAGGUCCAUAUGACGUGGUCGACCUAUUGGACGAAAUUGGAUUAUAUGCGGAAGCCGCAUUUGCGGAGAAGAGGUUGAUGCGAUAUAAGGAUGAAUGGGGCUUAGAACACGUUUCUGAUGGAGGAAAAUAA